AUGGAGGAGGACCGUGCUGUAUCAGAUCUUGGCCCAGAGGUCAGCGCAGAUCUCAACGGCGAAGGAGAUGCGGCGCUCGAAAAGAAGCCAAAGCGACACUUCAUCGGCCGGCGAGCAGCAGACGCAAAGGCUGCUGCGAAAGCACAGGAGAAUGGUGAUGCAGGAAUCGAGGACAGCGGUGCGGUGCAAGUUGCACCACGUCGCCGGCCAGCUCGCGCCUUGAACAACGUACCAGAUGAGAUUCUGCACGACAAAGCCAUCAACGAGGCCAUCGCAUUGCUACCGAAGAACUACAACUUCGAGAUCCACAAGACCAUCCACCGUAUACGGACUUCUGGAGCAAAGAAGAUUGCUCUACAAAUGCCCGAAGGCCUGCUCCUCUUCGCCACCACCAUCUCGGACAUCCUCUCACAGUUCUGCCCUGGCGCGAGCACGCUCAUCAUGGGCGAUGUAACGUACGGCGCUUGCUGUAUAGAUGACUACACGGCAAGAGCGUUGGGCUGCGACAUGCUCAUACAUUACGCUCACAGCUGCCUCAUCCCGGUCAACGUCACCAAGAUCCAGACUCUGUACGUUUUCGUUGACAUCCAAAUCGACCUUGACCACCUCCUUGCCACCAUCGAGCGAAACUUCAAACCUGGCAGUACGAUCGCCAUGGUGGGUACGAUCCAAUUCAACGCCACUCUCCAUGGAACCGCGCAGCAAAUGCGCUCGGCAGGCUACAACAUCAUCGUCCCGCAGAUAACGCCUCUGAGUAAGGGCGAGAUCCUAGGCUGUACUUCUCCCCAGCUCAAGAAAGAGGAGAAUGUAGACCUCAUCCUCUACCUCGGCGACGGCCGCUUCCACCUCGAGAGCGCUAUGAUCCACAACCCCUCCACUCCAGCUUACAGAUACGACCCAUACUCUCGCCGUCUAACCCACGAGACAUACGACCACGACACACUGCUCUCCGACCGAAGCAAAGCCCUUGGGCAAGCGCGGAAGGCGAAGAAAUGGGGUCUCAUCCUGGGAUCUCUGGGACGUCAAGGUAACUCCAACACCAUGACGAUGAUCGAGAAUCAUCUCCGCGAUCGAGGGAUAUCGUGGGUGAAUCUGCUGUUGAGCGAGAUCUUCCCUGGCAAGCUGGCCAUGAUGGAGGACGUGGAGUGCUGGGUGCAGGUGGCGUGUCCGAGGUUGAGCAUCGACUGGGGGUAUGCGUUUCCUCGGCCGCUGCUGACUCCGUACGAGGCACUUGUGGUGCUGGGUGGGAGGGAAGGAGGAUGGGAGCGUAAGGAGGGUGUUGCUGCUGGCGGAGGUGGCGCCUACCCGAUGGAUUACUACGGUAAAGAAGGCUUGGGGAGAGUUAAGCCGGAGGAUCUGGCGAAGAGCGUGGCCGCGCCCGCUUGA